UAUGCAUUAAUAGAAUUUGCCUUUUGAAUGUUUUGGUCAAAAAGAUGUAAAAUAUAUAUGUCAACAAUUGAUUGGAAGCGGCAAUCAAGGAAAGGUAUAUUAAGGCAUCAGAGAGGACUAGCCUUAAACUAAAUUAGCUAUCAAAUUUACAGAUGAUAUAAAGGAUGACGAAUUGCAAUUUUUAGAUUAUAUCUUAAAAUCAACAAAAUAGCUUUCACACAUAAUCAAAUACUAUGAAGUAGUUGAUUAUACGAAAAAUAAUGUUUUUCAAAAAAAUCCAUAAUUAGGAAAAUAUUUUUUUGUUAUGGAAUUAGGCUCUAAGAAUUUACUUGAAGAAGUUAUAACAUCAACCAAAUACAAAGAUAUAUAAAAACUUGAUAUUAUUAAUUAAAUUGCCCUUGGGAUCUUUGAACUUCACUCAAUAAAGCACACUCAUCGUGACAUUAAACCUGAAAACAUCAUUUUAGUUGGUAAUACAUGGAAAUUAUGUGAUUUUGGAUUUGUUAAACAUAGCAUAAGCUAAAAAUAAACUUGCAAGGUAGGUACUCCUUAUUAUAUUGCUCCAGAAGUUUUUGGAUAAAAUUCUGAUUCUAUUAAGUAUGAUAAUAAAGUAGAUGUUUGGUCUUUUGGAUGUAUCAUAUAUGAAAUAUUUACAACCAAUUUGUUUUUUCAAGGGGUAUCACCUGAAGAUGUGAUUUCAUAAAUUGAAAAUUAUUGUAACAAAUAAUUUUCUAACCCUAGAGAGAAAAAUACUGAUCCCAGAUUCUAAAAUCUUCAUAAUUAGGAAUUGUAAAUAUUAUGCAAAUGUAUGAUGACUGUGAAUCCUUAAGAACGGUAUGAUUCUAAAGAAGUAGUGGAAAAACUCAAAAAUAUUUGGAAAGUUUUAAAUAACCCGGCUGAUAUACCAUCAAAUGCAAUAUUUGAACAAAAGCCUAAUGGAUAAAGCAAUCCCUUUGGAGGCAUCAAUUAAAAGUAACCUAAUUAACAAACAUAAAUCUCUUUUGAAAGAUAGUCUUAACCUUAAAGCACAGUAGAAUCCAAGUUUCAAUUUUAAAGUACAGCAUAAACUUAAAUCAAUACUAAUUAAUAGAUUUAACCAUCAGCAUUACCGAAUAAGCCCAGCUCAUAAUAAUAAAAUAAUAUGUAAAAUAAAUAAAAUCCAUAAGCUUUCCAAAAAUAAAAUACUGUGUAAAAUCAAUAAACUGUAACAUAAUAAAUUCCUACAUUGUAAAUUCCUAUAUAAAAUCAAUAAAAUUUACAAUCAUAAGUUCCUAUUUAAAAUCAAUAAACCAUAACAUAAUAAAUUCCUACAUUGUAAAUUCCUAUAUAAAAUCAAUAAAAUUUACAAUCAUAAGUUCCUAUUUAAAAUCAAUAAACCAUAACAUAAUAAAUUCCUACAUUGUAAAUUCCUAUAUAAAAUCAAUAAAAUUUACAAUCAUAAGUUCCUAUUUAAAAUCAAUAAACCGUAACAUAAUAAAUUCCUACAUUGUAAAUUCCUAUAUAAAAUCAAUAAAAUUUACAAUCAUAAGUUCCUAUUUAAAAUCAAUAAACUGUAACAUAAUAAAUUCCUACAUUGUAAAUUCCUAUAUAAAAUCAAUAAAAUUUACAAUCAUAAGUUCCUAUUUAAAAUCAAUAAACCAUAACAUAAUAAAUUCCUACAUUGUAAAUUCCUAUAUAAAAUCAAUAAAAUUUACAAUCAUAAGUUCCUAUUUAAAAUCAAUAAACCGUAACAUAAUAAAUUCCUACAUUGUAAAUUCCUAUAUAAAAUCAAUAAAAUUUACAAUCAUAAGUUCCUAUUUAAAAUCAAUAAACUGUAACAUAAUAAAUUCCUACAUUGUAAAUUCCUAUAUAAAAUCAAUAAAAUUUACAAUCAUAAGUUCCUAUUUAAAAUCAAUAAACCAUAACAUAAUAAAUUCCUACAUUGUAAAUUCCUAUAUAAAAUCAAUAAAAUUUACAAUCAUAAGUUCCUAUUUAAAAUCAAUAAACCGUAACAUAAUAAAUUCCUACAUUGUAAAUUCCUAUAUAAAAUCAAUAAAAUUUACAAUCAUAAGUUCCUAUUUAAAAUUAAUAAACUAAAACAUAAUAAAUUCUUACAUAGUAGAUUCCUAUAUAAAAUCAAUAAAAUUUACAAUCAUAAGUUCCUAUUUAAAAUCAAUAAACUUUACCAUUAAUAAAUCAUAUAUAAAAUCAAUAAUAAAUUCCUAUAUAAAAUCAAUCAACUUUACUAUAAUAAAAUCAUAUAUCAAUUAACUAAAAUCAACCAUAAACAAAUUCUAAAUUAUAAAAUCCAAAACAAUCAUAAACAAUUUAAAAAAAUCAAUCAUAAACAUAAUUUUAAACUUCCAAUCCAUUAUCAAUGGUACAAAAUAAUCAUAAAUAAAAUUAAUCGAUAGAUGAUUCAAAUAUUUUAAAUUUAUAAAAGGUAGAUUCUACUUAAAUUUUAUCAUAAAAUAGUAUUUAUUAGAUUAAUAAAGAUGAUAAUGAUCUGAUAUCUAAAUGUCUUGAUAAAAUAGUUCAACCAGAAUAUAAGAGUUAGCUUAAAGAAUUUAUUCAGACUACUUCUUCAAAAAUAAAGACGAAGAAUAGUGAUGUGACACAAGAUAUGGUAAAAGAGAACUUGAUUUAAAUCCUUAUUGAAUUUAUUGAAAGUAAAGUUUAAAAUAUUUGA